ACACUGCCUGCCUGCCUGCCUGUCUGUCGGUCCGUGGUUCGGCUCCGGGUCUCAGUCUGUCCGGGUUUCUGAGCGGGACUCGAGCCUGCGACCUGCUGAUUCUCAGACUUUGAAAAAAACAGCGUCUCUGUUCUCUGUUAAAACGUCUCUGUCUCCGGAGAAAUGUCGGCUGUCAGCUCGGACCAGAACCAGAACCGGAGCGGAAACGAGCCGGAUUCGCCGGAGGCCGGACUCCUGCAGCCGCAGACCGUCUUCGUCAUCCUGGACUCGGCUGAGACCCUGAACCUGGUCCGGGUGGAGUCAGGUAUCGUGGCAGACAUCGAGGUUGACGGUUUGAUUCCUUCAGACUGCGACACGUUCUACCAGAUCAAGAGUCAGCCAAUCAGCUUCAGUGCUUCAACUGCCGCUUCAUCAUCUUCAUCAUCAUCAUCAUCAUCAUCACUGCAGACAGCCAUGACCUCCAGGGUCCUCCUGCGUCAGGAUCUGAUGCGUCAGCAGGCCCUGGAGGAGGAGCAGAAGGAGGCACAGCAGCAGCUCCUGCGCUCUGCCGACUCCUCCUCUCCGAUCUCUGUGUCGGUGUCCUCCUCCUGCAGACCUCCUGCUCAGGUCCCUGUGGAGGUGCUGAAGGUGCAGACUCACCUGGAGAACCCCACCAGGUAUCACAUCCAGCAGGCUCAGAGGCAGCAGGUGCGUCAGUAUCUCUCCACCGCCAAGACGACCAAUCAGGAGCCAGACCCCCCCCUCACAGGCCCCGCCCCCAAACUGCAGCCCUCAAAGAAAGAGAUGGAGGACACCGUCAUCGAUGACAUUAUCAGUCUGGAAUCCAGCCUGAACGACGAGUUCCUGACGCUGAUCGACUCGGGCCUGACGCUCGCCAACACGCUGCCGGUGGCAGGGAACAUGCUGGACAUGUACAACGGCGCCGGGAUGGCUGGGCCCACCAUCGCCGUUAGCAACAGCUGCCCAGCCGACCUGCAUGCCGUCAAGAGAGAGAUAAAUGAGGUGGAGACCAAAGCUUUGAUCAAAGAGAGACAGAAGAAAGACAACCACAACCUAAUUGAGAGGAGGAGGAGGUUCAACAUCAACGAUCGGAUCAAAGAACUCGGAGCUCUGAUCCCCAAGUCUCCCGACCCGGAGUCUCGGUGGAACAAAGGGACCAUCCUGAAGGCGUCGGUGGAUUAUAUCCGCCGGCUGCAGAAGGAGACGCAGCGAGGCCGAGAGCUGGAGGAGAGACAGCGCCGCCUGGAGAACACCAACCACACCCUUCUGCUGCGCAUACAGGAGUUGGAGCUGCAGGCCCGCCUCCACAGCCUCUCCUCCUCCUCCUCCUCCUCCUCCCCCCCCAUCCCCUCCUGCUCCUCCUCCUCUCUGGACCCUCAGACUCUGCUCUCCCCCCCGCUGCCCCCCUUUUCCUCCUCCCUGGCCACACCCUCCCUGGCCACGCCUCCCCUGGGUCUGGACGCACUGAGCUUCGUGGACCUGGACGAGCCUCAUGGCGGCGGGGGCGUGUUCUCGGCGGGGCUGCUGGCAGAUGUGUCAGCGCUGCACGGCCUCGGGGACAUCCUGAUGGAGGAAGGGGGCGGGGCCAUGUCUGACCCCCUGCUGUCCUGCGGCGCCUCAACCAGCAGCCGCCGCAGCAGCUUCAGCAUGGACGACGACCUCUGAUGGCAUCAGCACGCCGCUACCGAUCCUAUUGGCCAGAGCUGAAGGGCGGGAAAAUCUUUGACAUCCUCUUAUUAAAAAAAAAAACUAUGCACAAAGGUGAUGUCACAGGAAACAACGUGAGGCAGGAAGCUGAUUGGUUGGUCAGACUCUUAGCUGAUUGGUUGAUCAGACUCUCAGCUGAUUGGCUGUUGGAGCUCCAGAUGAUCAAUAACUCGAUCAGAAGAAACAAACAUCUGAAAUUCAGAUUUUAAAAUGUUAAAACUAAAUCUUUGCGUUUUAUACCGAAAACACGUGAAAUUAAAACAUAAUUAUAAUAUCUGAUUAAAUAAAUAGACUCAAUCUAAUAACUUUUAUCUUUUGUAUCUUAUAAUUUGGACCACAAGUAUUUUUUAUUUCAAUAUAAAUAAUUUUUUAAUCUUUAAAGUUUCUUUCGUUUGUGUUCGCCUGCAAGCCACAGGCCACUCUGUAAUGUCACAGCGUUUGAUUGACAGCUGUAAAUAUGGAUCUAUAAUCACUGUUUGCUGGAGACGAACUCUGUUAUUGAUGUAUUGAUUUUUAUUUCUGAUGUUUG